AUGGCCAAGGCAAAGGGUCGCGCAAAGCAGUUUGAGGACUUGGACGAGCAUAUCGCCAAGGACCACGAUCCUGAAGCCAAUGUCGAUGUGAGCGAGCACGGCAGCGACAGCGAAUCGAGCGAGAACGAGAAUGCUGGCACAGAGCACUAUGUUUCUGUAGGAAAGAGCAAGCUGAGGCAAAAGGAGGGCGUGUCGCUCGGUCCCAAGUAUCAAGGCUCGCGCGUCUCGAGGGCAGCGUUGGAGCAGGAGAGCGAGUCCGACAACGAGGGAGACGAGGAUGAGGAUGAGGAUGAUGAAGAAUUCGACGAUCCUGAGACUGCAGACUUGGAGCGCGACGAGGCCGACGCCAACGACUCUGAGAUUUCCAGCGACAACGCCCUCGGCGAAAGCGACGAGGAGCGCUUCCAGGACUUUACUUUCCGAGGGAGCUCGAAACCCAAGAAGCCAGUGAGCAAUUCCAAGAGGGCCACUGCUGCUGACUUUAUGUCUUCCUCUGACGAGGGCGGCGAGGACGACAUGGAUGAUGGCCUCGACGCCCUUGUCGGCGGUGCUGGAGACUCAGAUGACGAGUCUGAAGAGGACGACGAGGAAGAUGACGAAGAUGAAGAGGCCAGUGAUGAUGAAGAGGACAGCGACGAUGAUGACAAGGAGAAAAAGAUGAAGAGUGUAAAGCCCGUCAUGGCAGCCUUCUCAAACCGCACCGACGUCAACAAGGGUCUUGCCAUUCGAGAACAGCGCAAGAUCUACGACGGUCUCCUCAACCUCCGAAUCCGUCUACAAAAGGCCCUCAUCGCCGCCAACACCUUUGCCGCCAUCGAGGACAGCCCCGAGCCCGAGUCUGAACCCUACGAGGCGGCCGAAGAAGCUGCUAUCAAGCUGCUGAACACCAUCAGCAGCCUCAAAGAUAACUUUGGUUCGUCUCGGGCUGGGGACAAGCGUAAGCGCGAGUUGGACGCUUCGAUGACGACCCAGGAGAUUUGGGAGCAGAUGCAGGCUGAGGAGGAGCGGGCUGUCAAGGUCAGAGAAGCUGGCCUGGAUAAGUGGUCGCGCAAGGUCCAGUCCGUCGACGCCACAAAAGAUGCUCUCAAGUCGCGAAAGGACACGCUCGUCACUGCGCUCCAGGAGCAGCUCUUGAACCCGGACAACCGCCUCGCCAAGCGCUCUCGCGUUCCUCGAUCAUGCGCUCCCGCGCAGGCGGCAAAGGGCGUGACGCAGGACGGCGACAUCUACGACGACGCCGACUUUUACCAGGUGCUCCUCAAGGAGCUCGUGGACCAGCGCACGGUGGACGGGUCCUCGGCGUCGGCAGGCGCGGUGCCGACUGUGAUGCUCACGGCGGCCAAGGAGGUCAAGUCGCGCAAGAACGUGGACCGCAAGGCGAGCAAGGGCCGCAAGAUGCGCUUCACGGUGCACGAGAAGCUGCAGAACUUUAUGGCGCCUGAGGAUCGAAGGGCGUGGGAGCAGGAGGCCAUUGAUCGCUUCUUUGGUACCCUGUUCGGCCGCAAGAUGGAGCUCAACGAGGAUGAGAGUGAUGAUGACAUGGAGGUUGACGCCGAGGAGGCGGGCUUGAGGUUGUUUAGAAGCUAG